UUUCUAUGGUUGUUCUUUUCAGGUUGGUCCUACCUUGGGACGCUUGGUCGCACGGAAUGGGGCACCAUUCCUGGUAGCUACUGCAAUGGUACCUAUCAGUCUCCCAUUGAUAUCAUCACCAAUAUCGCCGUCCCUACUGACCUUGGUACCUUCGUACUGGAUGAUUACACAGCUGCUAACCCAAACUUGGAUAUGGACAACAACGGUCAUGGAAUAACGGUCAGAUUGCACGAUGAUCUUCAACAUUUGUACAAUCUUUCUGGAGGAGGCCUCCCUACAACUUACACUGCUACCCAGUUCCAUUUCCAUUGGGGAUCUGUCAACACUCAAGGCUCUGAACAUACUGUUGAUGGUACAUCGUACCCUGCUGAGUUACACAUGGUUCACUACGACAAGUCCAGAUACAGUGAUGUCGUGGCCGCUUUGACGAGCUUGGAAUGGAACGCCGUCGCCGCCCUGGGUGCGUUCAUUGAGAUUGGAGAGGACAAUAAUCCCGCCUUCGAUAAUUUCAUAGCGUACUUCGACCAGAUCGCUAACUACUCAUCAGGCAACACAUCUCUCGGUGUUGGAAACCUUCCAUCGUUCUCGAUCCGUUCCGUCUUUCCCUUCGACCUCUCCAGGUUCUACCGAUACAACGGCUCUUUGACAAUACCAAACUGCUACGAGUCCGUCAUCUGGACUGUUUUUGAAGAAACCAUCAAAAUUUCUCAAGAACAGCUUGACAAAUUCCGGACCGUAUAUGGCGACCAGAAGGACGUUAAUGGCACUGACCUACCUAUCGUAGACAACUACCGCCUCACUAACCCUCUGUUUGACCGCACCAUCUAUUACAGCAGACCAAGCGCUCCAGUCGGCGGCGGCACGACACCCAGUCCAGGAGAUGGAGGUGGUGCAGUUACCAUCUCACCGAUGAGGGCGCUGCUCUUAAUAGCUCUUGCCCUUCAGAUGCUCUUCAAUCGCUUUUAGUUGAUAACGAUUUAAAGAAGGGAGGAGUUUUCACUUCUAAGCUAAUCAGAUACCAAAGUAAUUUCUAGGUUAUUUUAUUGUUAAUGUGCAGGGAAGUUAAUAGUUAAGAUUGAAAUUAUAAAAGCAGUGAUAAAAUUCAAUACUUCUUUAAUUAAAGGCCUAUAAACCUAGAGACUGAGAGGGUCACCUAAUCCUGUUUAUCAAUUUAUAUGUGAUUAUGUUGAUUUUGUAUGUACAUUAUAACAUAGUUAUUUAUAAUUGAUACCACACUCGUUUAAGAAUGGUACUGGAAAGAAACCCGGCCCCUGAAAAUGUGUAUUUUGCAUUCGA